AUGUCUCCUCAACCUCAACUCAUUGUCCCUUCAAUCACCGCUGUCCCCACAGCAUUCAUCACAAGCCUCGCUGCCAAGGCACCGUGGAUGCCACCGACCAGGCCACAUUGGACCCUAACCACGACCACGGUACCUGCCGUGGUAACCUCGACCGUGGCAGCAGCAACAACAUCAACAACAGCAGCAGGGAAGAUCCACAGCAAAGCGAAAUACAUCGUCCCCAUAGCCGUCGUCCUGAUCAUUAUCGCCGGCUUCCUCCUAUUCCUCGCCCUUGAAAUCUACCACACGCGUAGGCAAGCGCGGCGCACAACAGCAAAAAUCCAGCAUUUGCAGUGGUGGUCGCAAAGGCAGGGACAAGGUCCGUCACAUGCUUAUGGCAGUGACGAGGAUGGUGGGCCCGGGGUGCGGAGAGGGGCUCGAACGCGGACUGGGGAUGUGGCUCUGGACGAGUUGCCGCGAUAUGCGGAUAUUAUUGGUCCGAAGGCGACGAGGUAUGGCGGGCCUGUAGUGCCGCCGGCUUACCAUAGUAUGAUUGGUGGGGAGAGGAGGUAUUUUGGUAGUGUGUGA